CCAAAAUAAAGAAAGACGCACCGAAUUGCACUGCUUGGUCCAGAGGUAGCACGUUGAUAAGCUUUCCCAGUCUGAACCUUACUGCGACCGCGUGCUCACCAAGACACCAAUCACUCGAUCUUACGCCACCUGCACCUACCAUGGCCGCCGUGAACUUCCUGCUCCUCGUGCUCCUCGCCGUCGCCGUCCACAGCGCCGCCCUUGCGCUCGGUCAGACAGUUCAGGUCUGGUCAUCCUGCUCGCCGUCGAACUUCACCCCUGGGGACCCCUACGACACGAACCUCCGCGGCAUGCUCAAGGACCUGGUCACCGUCGCGGUCUCCUACGGAGGCUACGGCAACGACACGGCCGGCGGCGGCCCCGACCAGUCCUACGGUCUCGCCAUCUGCUACGCCGACGCUCCCCCGGAGGUGUGCCGGCUCUGCCUCGGGAUGGCGGCCGGGAACGUGACCAUCGCGUGCCCGCGCUCCACGGGCGCUGCCAUGAUGUACAACAACUGCUUGCUCCGGUACGCGAACGAGAGCUUCCUCGCGCGCCCCGACAUGGUGCAGAGGUUCUCGUUCUACAACAACCUGACGCGCGCCGGAGACGCCGCCAUCUACGCCGCCGCGCUCGGGCGGCUCAUGGACCGCCUGGCUCCUGCCGCCGCCGCGUCGCUGCGGUUCUUUGCCUUCGGACGCACCAACAUCACCGGCGACCAGAGCCUGUACGGGUUCGCGCAGUGCGUGGCGGACCUGUCGCCGGACGACUGCCGCAGCUGCCUCCAGCGCAUCGCCGCGUCAUUGCCCAUAUGGACGAGAGGAGGGCGCGCCUACUCACUGACCUGCUACACGCGCUUUGAGGUGGUGCCGUUCUACACGCCGCCCAACACGCAGACCAUCGUCGUGGCGCCGGCGCCGCCACCAGAGCCGUCGCCGGGCCCAGCAACGGCGGCGGGGUUCCGAGAAGCCAAGCUCAGAAAGUUUCGCUCAAGGAUGUCAUUGACGGUUCCAACUGUGGCGGGCAUUCUCUUGGUCAUGGUCUGUGUUGUGUUUGCCAUCAAGAUCCAUAAGAGUGGAAAGUUUCAAUCAAUCAUUGGAGUGAACUCCAUUCAUGAAGAGAACAUUGAGGAACUACUAGAAAGCUAUGGUUCCUUUGCUCCAAAGAGAUAUAAAUAUUCACAACUAAAGGAAAUAACAAGAUGUUUUAGCGAAAAACUUGGAGAAGGUGGUUAUGGCAUGGUAUAUAAAGGUGCAUUACCAAGUGGUAUAUUUGUUGCAGUGAAGUUCCUCCAGGACUUCACAAGAAAUGGAGAAGAAUUUGUCAAUGAGGUUAUCAGCAUAAGAAGAACAUCUCACGUUAAUAUUGUUACCCUGCUUGGUUUUUGUUUGGAGGGAUCAAAACGAGCUCUUAUUUAUGAGUAUAUGCCUAAUGGGUCAUUGGACAAAUUCAUUUAUGAUGAAAAUUCAAAAGCAAGUCUUGGAUGGGAUAGGCUCUAUGAUAUAUCAAUAGGUAUUGCAAGAGGUCUAGAGUAUUUGCACCGUGGCUGCAAUACACGCAUCAUACAUUUUGACAUUAAACCACAUAAUAUCCUUCUUGCUGAUGAUUUUGUCCCCAAGAUUGCUGAUUUUGGCUUGGCUAAGUUAUGCAAUCCAAAGGAGAGUUACCUAUCAAUGGCGGGCAUGCGAGGGACAAUCGGAUUCAUUGCCCCUGAAGUUUUUGCAAGGAGAUUUGGAGUAGUUUCUACUAAAUCAGAUGUCUACAGCUACGGAAUGAUGCUUCUUGAAAUGGUGGGAGGAAGGAAGGAUCUGAAAGCAAGUGUUGGUAAUUCUAGAGAGAUAUAUUUCCCAGACUUGAUCUAUAGCCAUUUGGCUGAAGUAGGAAGCUUGCACUCAUUUGAUAUGGCAGGAAAAACAGAAGAGAUGGCAAGGAAGAUGGCCUCGAUUGGCUUGUGGUGUAUACAAGUGAGUCCUAUUUCUCGCCCAACAAUGACCAAGGUUUUAGAGAUGUUUGACAAAAGCGCUGAUCAACUUGAGAUACCACCAAAGCAGCACUUUUAUUCUGCUAUAGAGGAAAACUCACCUGAAGAGCCAACUUCAGCGCUGUAAAAGAGGAAGCCAUAAAUCCACAACUCAACCAAAGAUCCAGACUAUAUUUAAUUAUAAGUGCUCCCUUGUGCUGAUCCUCUUAGAGCAGUGCCAAAUGUGCCAAAUGAACAAGAACUGUAAUAGAAUGAUUAGUCAAAAUAUGUAAAAAAAAAUACAAAUGCUAUAUUUAUAUAAAGGAAACUUAUUGGUAGGACAUUGAAAUUUUGUGAUUUGGUAUGUGGAAA